AUGUCUGGCAAGAACCGCCGAGAUUACAGUGCCGUUUUGCGAAACCUCAUUGAGAUUUUGCCUAAUGACUAUUGCUUACAGAGCAUUGUUACAGAUUUCGAGUGCGCUGUCUGCAAGUCUCUGGCCGAAGUUGUACCGGAGGUCCUGUGGCGGAAAAUCCAAAAUCUCGGUCUUGUUCAUACAUACCGAGGGAAUUAUCGCAUGUGCAGGUAUCUUCGAAAAAUAAUGGCCCUACCACUAAUUCCUCAUGAGCAUAUACCCGAAAUGUUCAAUAUUUUGCAGGCUCGGGCUACCACUCCUGCAGGUCAACAGGUUGUUGAGUACGUCCACGAUACCUGGAUCACGUCUGCGAUGUGGCCACNUAACCUAAAUUAG